AUGGGAAAGGUUCACGGAUCCCUCGCUCGUGCCGGAAAGGUCAAGUCUCAAACCCCCAAGGUUGAGCCCCAGGAGAAGAAGAAGACCCCCAAGGGCCGCGCCAAGAAGAGGCUCACAUACACCCGCCGUUUCGUAAACGUCACCAUGACCGGUGGCAAGCGCAAGGUCAGCAGACACCGGAACCCUACGUGA